GGGGGGCGGCGGGAGGGGGCCAUCAUGGGGAACGAAGCGAGCCUCGAAGGCGGCGAAGGGGUGCUUGCUGGAUUACCGGAGGGGCUCGCACCGGACGGGAAAGGAGGCUUCAUUCGGACCUCCACGGGGGCACAGGUGGACCUGAGCCAACUCAGCGAGGAUGACAGAAAGCAACUCGCCGCGGCUAUGUCAAGGGCGCAAGCCAACAAGCCCGGGGGCGCGCCCGCUCGAAGGCCCUCGGAGGCAGAUGUUCAGCAGCGGCCCCAGCAGCCAGGAGUUGGACCCUCUGUUCGGCUUAGCAAGAGUCGCACCGUAGACGCGUUUGGAGAGGGCCCCACUGGCAGGCCGGCCCCUGGCCGCAGUCCCUCGUCCCUCAGCCUCUUAGAGUCCCGAUUCAGGCAGGAGCCUAAGGACUCAGAGAAGAAAACAGGAAUGUUUGGCUCCAGUUUCCUGAGUGGGGCCAACCCGCUUAACGCUGUGUCAUCCAUGACCUCCCAGGUGUCCUCUGGAAUGUCCUCAAUGUCCUCCGAGGUCACCUCCAUGGGCUCCGGGGUCAACAUGCCCUCAUUUGGCCUGUUUGACAAGGAAGAAAAGCCUGGAGAGAAGCCCCAAGGUGGGCCCCCAGGGCCAGGCAGCAAGGGCCCCCAGCAGGGGGGGCCAAGACCCCCUGGCCCCGGACAAGGGCCCAGACCCCCUGGGCAGCAAGGGCCCAGAACCCCUGGCCCCGGACAAGGGCCCAGACCCCCUGGGCAGCAAGGGCCCAGAAUCCCUGGCCCCGGACAAGGGCCCAGACCCCCUGGGCAGCAAGGGCCCAGACCCACUGGUCAAGGACCCCCUGGGCAGCAAGGGCCCAGAACCCCUGGCCCCGGACAAGGGCCCAGACCCCCCGGGCAGCAAGGGCCCAGACCACCUGGUCAAGGACCCCCUGGCCAGCAAGGACCCAGACCCCCUGUCUCCGGACAAGGGCCCCCUGGGCAGCAAGGGCCCAGACCACCUGGUCAAGUCCCCCCUGGGCAGCAAGGACCUAGACCCCCUGGCCCCGGUCAAGGGCCCCCUGGGCAGCAAGGACCCCCUGGCCCCGGUGCACAGCCAGGUGGGCCAGCUAAAGCUGGGGGUCCCCCUGGUCCACAAGGCCGUGGUAAACCACCUGGAGGUGGGCUGUGUCCGCUGUGCAAGAGUACCCAGCUCAACGUGGGCUCCAAGGAACCACCCAACUUCAGCAACUGUACCAUGUGUAAGAACCAGGUGUGCAGCCUAUGUGGAUUCAGCCCCCCAGACUCGGAGGGUAAAGAGUGGCUGUGUCUCAACUGCCAGAUGCAGAGGGCUAUGGGGGGUAUGGAUGACCCUCCUAUGAUGGGCAAGGGCUCUGCCCCUCCUUCACCCUCAAGGAAAGACCCUGGAAAAGAUGGCAAGAAGCCCAAUCUACUGAUUAAGCAGCAGAGCAUCUCCGACAGAGGCUUAACCCCUCCAACCACGCCCAAACAGAAAUCCCCCGGCCCAUCUUCCCCGAAAGGCAGCCCCCAGCCCUCACCGGCCAAAGGUAAACAGGAGUCCAGCUUCUUCGGGGGUCUGGGGGGCAUCAGCCUAGGGGGGCUCACCGAUGUGGCCAAGCCUCCAGCCGCUGCCUCCCAGGCGGCCGAGUCCAUCACGGGAACAAUGUUCAGUGGCUUUGGUGGGUUCACUGGAUCAGCCAAACCUGAUCGGGCCAAAGCCGCUGCUGGUACCCAAAAAACAGCAGAGUCGGUGACGGGAAAGAUGUUCAGUGGGUUCGGUGGUUUUACUGAGACAGCCAAGCCCCCGGCGGCUGCCUCCCAGAUGUUUGGCUUUGGCUCGUCUAUCUUGAGCUCGGCCACCAACCUCAUGACCACCGACUCUGUGGACUCUGUGGACUCUGUGGAUGAGAAAGCUGGUUCUCCUGCCGAUUCUCCUGCCGGUUCUCCUGCCGGCUCUCCCCCAGACUCCCCCUUCUCUGCCCCCGGUUCUCUCGGUUCUCCCCCGGAAUCUCCCUUCUCCGCUCCCGGGUCCCCCCCCGACUCAGACAGCCCUGACACCCCACCGGCCUCCAAGAAGGCCCCCAAACGUGCCGUCUCCCUGCUGAAGGACCAAAAGUCCAUAGAAGCAGAUCCCUCUGUGGAGCCUCUGAGAGCGGGGGAGCCCCUUACUACGGCCACAGGAUCGGGGGCCCAGGAAAACUGCCCUCUGUGUAAGGUGGAGCUGAACGUUGGAUCAGCAGACCCCCCUAACUACAGCAACUGCACUGAGUGCAAGAAGAGUGUGUGCAACCUGUGUGGCUUCAACCCCACACCUCAUCUUGGUGAGAAAGAAUGGUUAUGUCUCAACUGCCAGACCCAAAGAGCUCUCUCUGGCCAGCUGGGCGAUAUACCAUCUCCUGUGAAGAAGCAACUACCCACACCUACCCCUACCCCUCCUGCCUCCCCUGCCAAAGUCCCUGACUCCCCAGCUGCUGCUGCCUCUCCAUUAACGGGAAGCCCCUCAGUCACUCAGGUAGAGGCAGCAGCAGCAAAGGAAGACACCCAGCCGCUUCCCAUGUCCAAGGUAGUAGCAGAACGCACCCCGCCCCAAACACCAGACGCUGCGUCUGCAAACACAGACACCACACCCAUCCCACCUGAGCAUGCCACCCCUCCUUCUGAUAGUGUCCCAGAGGAGAAAGAACCAGAGCAGCCUGAAACAGUGGAAGCUAUAUCUGAGACUAUACUGGAUGAGCCUGUGACAGAGAGUGUAGUGGAGAGUACUGUUGAAGCCUCAGUGGUGGAGAAAGACCCAGAGCAGGAUGAAGCAAUAGAAGCUAUAUCUGAGACUAUACUGGAUGAGCCUGUUACAGAGAGUGUAGUGGAGAGUACUGUUGAGGCUCCGGCAGUGGAGAAAGACCCAGAGCAGGCUGAAGCGAUGGAAGAUAUAUCUGAGACUAUUGCUGUUGAGGCCCCGGCAGUGGAUCACCCAGAGAGUGUAGCGGAGAGUGCUGUUGAGGCCCCGGCAGUGGAUCUUCCAGAGAGUAUGCCAGAGAAAGUUACAGAAGAACAGUCACCACCCGACACUACUCAGGCAGAAUCAGAUUUCCAGCCUGCAGUUGUAGAGGAGCAUGUCAUUGCUCCCCCUGUAGAGAAUGAGUCAGAAAAGCCUGCUGAGGCAGCACCCGAGCCAACUCCAAGCCCAGAUAAAGUGCAGAGUGAAUCUACACCAGAGGAGAUCUCACCGGCUCCCUCUGCAGGUAGUGAGAAAGAGGAGCCCAUCCUAGAGAAGGUUCUUGAAGAGGAAGCUAAGCCGGUAGAGCCAGAGGUGAUUCCAACACCUGAAACGGUCACACAGGAAACUACUGUCCAACCUGACCAAUCACCAGAGCCUGUACCGCCAGCUCCUGCAGUCACUGAGGAAGAAGGGAAAGCAGUGAUGAUUGAGGAAAAACCUAGCCAGCCACCUAAAGCUGAGGAGACAGCUCCUACACCUCCUGCAGUCACCGAGCAGGAGGAGAAACCUAAAGAGCCAGAGCUUCAAGCAACUACUGUUGAACAGCCUCCAACUGAGGUGUCUUCAGUACAUACAGGUCCAAUAGCAGAGAGUUCAGAUGUGGCGACUAAGAUGCCAGAGGUGGCUCCGGCUCCACCAGUUAAGGUUGUAGAGAAUUCGGCCUCAGCUCCCGAAGCCCCUAAUGAGCCGGUAGAGGAUUGUGCAUCUCCCAAACCAGCAGAGCUAGAGCCUGUGCCUUCACAAAAAGAGGAGGUACCCCCUGCAGUAGAAGAAACUCCCCAUGUAGUUGCUGAGAAUGAACAGCCUAAAGAGGUAGAGACCAUUCCACAAACUGAGGCAGUUGAGUCUGUAGCCCCAUCUCCUCCUCUAGUUACUGCUAAAGUUGAGAAGAAGCCUGUAGAGAAGGAGGAAGAGCCAAUACCGCCAGCCCACGUAGAGGAUAAACCUGUAGAGAAGGAGGAAGAGUCAAUUCAGCCAGCCCAAGUUGAGGAGAAGCCUGUAGAAGAGGCAGAGCCAAUUCCGCCAGCCCAAGUUGAGGAGAAGACUGUAGAGGAGGCAGAGCCAAUUCUGCCAGCCCAAGUUGAGGAGAAGCCUGUAGAGGAGGCAGAGCCAAUUCCGCCAGCCCAAGUUGAGGAGAAGCCUGUAGAGGAGGCAGAGGCAAUUCAGCCAGCCCAAGUUGAGGAGAAGCCUGUAGAGAAGGAGGCAGAGCCAAUUCAGCCAGCCCAAGUUGAGGAGAAGCCUGUAGAGAAGGAGGCAGAGCCAAUUCAGCCAGCCCAAGUUGAGGAGAAGCCUGUAGAGAAGGAGGCAGAGCCAAUUCCGCCAGCCCAAGUUGAGGAGAAGCCUGUAGAGAAGGAGGCAGAGCCAAUUCCGCCAGCCCAAGUUGAGGAGAAGCCUGUAGAAAGUGAGGCAGUAGUAAACAAAGUACCAGAGGCUUCUCCUGCACCGCCUGCUGCUGAACCAGAAAACGUUAGCCCUGAGAGAGAUUACGAAAGGACAGAGUCAGAAACAGUGGUUGAACCCAGCCCAGAAGUCAAAGCCGAGGAGUCAGUUUCACCAUCCCCUUUUGAGAAAAAAGUCCCUGAACAGCUCCCUGAACCUGAACCACAAUCAGCUAAAGUUGAUCAGAUCCCACCUCAGUGGGCUGUAGAAGCUCCAGCACCAGUAGUAGAAAAAAACACAAAUGAAACUGAAACGGAGGCUGGAGCAGAACGUGUAGGUCAGAAAGACGAAAAUCUGACAUCCGUGGAUACAAAGGUUGAACCAGAGCCAACAGCAGAUAAUAAGGCUGAAAAAACCCAAGAUGAGUCUACUCCUCCAGCUUCUGAAGCUAAAGAGGAAGAAAAGGUCAAAGCAGAGCACUUAGAACGAGCUACAGAGCCAGCGUCACUAUCAUCUGCUGCUAGUGAGCCACAAGCCCCUGGGAAAGUUUCUGAGGAGAAACCCACACAGGAAGGAAAAGAAGCUGCAAGAAUAGCUGAAAAUAAACAAGAGGUGUCUAUAGCUGAGAGUAGGGUGCCAACUCCUACUGUGUGUCAUGAGAAAGCAGUGCAAGAGAAAGAAUUAUCCAAAGAUGAAUCCAAGCAAACUCCAAAGACAGACUCUGUGUCUGAGAGCAUUCAGCCAGAGAAAGGGAAAGUGGUUGUGUCACCACCUGUAGUUAGUGAAAAGCAAGAACAUUUUUCAGUAUCAGAGGUGAAAGCUGUGAGUGACAGACAGGGCAGCGCAGAAGACAAAACAAUACCAGAGCAGACUAAAAUAUCUGAAACUGUAUCUGAAAAUGAGUCUAUUGCCCCAGCCCCUGUAGUAGAACCUGACACCCUAGUCCCUGUAGUUGGUGAACAGGACGAAGACAAACCCCUGAAUGAAGAGAAGAUAAUAGAGGCUGAACUGGAUGCAGUUGGAGAGGCAACGCUGAAAGACCCUGGAGAAAAAAACACCAUCGCCAAGGAUAGCAGUCCCACCAGCCCCUCAGACCUUGCCAAGCUGGAGAGCACUGUCCUUCCCAUACUAGAGGCCCAGGCUACACAACCAAAGGAUAAUUCAGACAAACUGACCGACUCACUCAAGACCAGACGCAAACUUGAGGUGCUAGCCCUCUCACCUGAAUCUCCCAGCACAGAGGAUGACCCAGAACUCUCAGAGAAGAAGGACGCCUCAGCAAAGAAAAAGCUGCUGGUGCCGACAGACAUCAGGGGUGACUCGUUGGAGGACAGCAGUGAGAGCUUAGGGAAAGAUAGUCCCGUGUCAGGGGAUGACGAAGACUUCAUUCGUAAACAGAUUAUGGAGAUGAGUGAGAACGAGGAUGUUUCGCCGUCAGACGAAGAAAAUCUCAUCCGGCGAAAGAUCCGAGAUCAUGAGAGGAAACAAAUGGAGCAGGAGAAAGGGGAGGGGAAGGAGAGAAGCGCAAUGACAAAAGGCAGGCGGCUCCUCAAGAAGAACACCAUCAGCCCUGAGGACGAAGAUGAGCAGCAAAUCUCACUGGAUAAACUUGACAAGGCAUGGAAAGAGGGAUCGGAACCCAAAGUCUCAGACUCUCAGGAAGGGGAACAGCCUUCGGCCGAUAGAGUUGUGACAGUACGCCAAUUCAGAACCAUCGAGCUCAACACGACUACCACCCCUGUGCGCAUACCGGGUACGUCAGAUGAUGGAGAGCUUGAGAUGGAAAGCCUCACCAACUCCCCUGAUGAUCGCUCCAGGGGCGAUGGGUCCUCCAGCCUACACGCAUCCAGCUUCACCCCUGGGACAUCGCCUACAUCCCUAUCCUCUUUGGAUGAGGACAGUGACAGCAGUAGUCCCAGCCGCAUGCACAGUGGCGAGGGGAAACAGCACAGGAAAGCGAAGCAUAGACAACAAGGCCAAGGUCUACCCACCAUCGAAGACUCUUCAGAGGAAGAGGAGUUACGAGAAGAGGAGGAGCUGUUAAGAGAACAGGAGAAGCAGAAAGGCUCUGGGAAGAAGUCAAAGAAGGACAAAGAGGAGAUCCGAGCUCAGAGGAGACGGGAGCGUCCCAAAACGCCGCCCAGCAACCUCUCUCCCAUUGAAGAUGCCUCCCCAACAGAAGAGCUGAGGCAAGAGGCAGAGAUGGAGGAGUUCAGGCGAUCAUCCUUAUCCGAUUUCUCUCCCAGCAUCGAGUCAGAACCAGAGGGAGUUGAGAUCAAUGCUGCAAAGAUUGCAGCAGUACAGAAAGUAUAUCAACUUCCUACAUCUGUUUCACUCUACUCUCCAACAGCUGAUCAAGGUGCUAAUAAAAGCCUUGAAAAACGAGCCCUGAAAACUGCAGACGAAGCCUACGAAGAUAUCAUGCUAAAGGCUAAAACACCCACAGAGGAAAAGGUGGACACCCCUCCGGGGAAAGAGUCCCUCUAUGGUGGGAUGCUGAUAGAAGAUUAUGCCUAUGAGUCUCUUGUUGAUGGAAAUGGAAAGAAAGUCCAGCAGCAGGAGCCUGAGAAAAUCUCAGUGCCAGCUCAGCCCAAAAUACUGAGAUCUCCAGAUGAGGUUUACGAAGACAUGAUGGAGAAGAAGAAAGAAUUCAUGCAGCUGGAGCAGGAACUGAAAAAAGCACAGUCAGUGUCAGAUAGACCCACACCAGAGAUUGUAUUGCAACCCACUGAGCCAACCAGAUCCACGAGUGUUACAGUUACUAUAGGCAAGGAUGGGAAACCACUGCUCGAUGCUGAGGCUACGUAUGAGGAACUCAUGAAGAAAGUUCUGACUCCUGGGACUAGCCCGACACAGCAGGGUCCUGAUAUAUCUGGGGCAGCCCCUGGUGGUGAGUUCGAAGGUACUGAAUCCAGAAGGGCUCUGCGUCCCAUACCAGACCUGAGGGUUACACAAUGCUCCUCAGGGGAGGAGGACGCUGAUGAAGAGGCCACUGAGACCAAAAGUCAAGAUAAGCCAAAGACUUCAUCAGACAUUCCUAAAGCUGAUCAGGCACCCUUAACAGCUGCUGCAGAGUCCAAAUCAGUUGCUUGCAAGGUCCCCCCAUCAAAAACUUCAGACCAACCACAGACCCAAUUUGAAACUUCCCAGGCUGACCAGCCUCUGGACAUAACCCAACAGGAUGUCAUGGACUUGUCUAGUAUGAAGUCCUCAGCCCCUGCUGUUGCCAGUGUAUCGCCCUUACCCACCGUCCCUCAGUACACCCCCACUGUCCCCAGUGUAGUGUCGACCACCCCACCAGUGCCCCCCAAACCAGCCAUCCUGCACAGGGCUCUGUCUCAGGAAAAAGCAGACAUUCCUGAACCCCCUCCACUGCCCCCUCCCACCAUGCCAAAGCCAUCGGUUUACCCCAGGAAACCCCCUGUUCCGCUUCCAUCUCAGGCUAUAAUCAGGUCAGAACAUGUUGCCAUGACAACAGCCCAAGGGUCGCCGGUAAGACAGCCUCAUAUCCCCCCACCGGUUCCUCCAAAGCCAGCCAUCCCUGCUGGAAUGGGGUACAGCCACAGGCCAGGGGAAAACGUCAAACCACCCCUUGCUCCAAAACCUGGCUCUCAGCCUGGCUCUCCUGCCCACAUCCAAUAUCCAAGACCCACUGCCCUCCACACAGGCCAUGCUGAUAUAGCCCUGAAUCUGAGUCCCUCAGCUGAAAGCAGGCCAGGUCACUUCUCAGGUCAUUCCUCGGGUCACUCCUCGGGUCACCCAUCCCCCACUUCUCCGCGAUACGGCAAUCGACACGAAACUUAUGUGGUUAUAACUCUGCCAUCCCAGCCCAACUCUCCAGUGGAAGGGAUCACCACCCAGGCCCCAUCCAGUCCUGGUCCAGCAUCUCCUUCAAGACAUGCCCAACCUCCACCUCAACCUCAAACACAGUAUCAACCACAACCUCAACCCCAGAAACAACCACAGCCACCUCCACCACACACAAAUAGGAUGCCCCUGGCAUUCACUCGCAUCACUGAGUCCAUGGAAAGUCAAGAGAUAUGUGGGCCAGAGAAAGUUGUGUCAAGCUCCUGUCAUGUCAUUGAGGCUAUUUCAGCAUCCGCUCCACCCCCAGAGGUCAGGUUAGGGCAGGUCACUCAGUUUGUGACGACAGAAGUUCAAAGAACCAUGGUGUCUGUCCGACACGAAAGGUCACCGCCCCCACCUCCGGCCCCAAGAGCGAACGGUGUUCCAAUCUCACUGGAGAAACCUAAACCACAACAGACGCAGAGUCCACAGGGCUACCAGCCAGGGGAGGUAGUAGACCUUCGUACCAUGAAGGUGAAUUCAGAAUCGGCCAUGAAAGUGGUGGAUCUGUCUUCUUCAGAUGUUAGACGCCAGUCCUUGGCCACAGACAUCAGCGGUCGUCAGACAAGCGCAGUGCAGUCCCCAGUGGUAAAUCUCAGCACUGAGUCGACCAGUGUUUCCAUAGUGACUGACAGCAUCACCAUAGUUACAUGUGCUGCCACCAUACAAAGUUACGAAAAUACCAACAUAUCCCAAGUCCCUUCUCUGCCCCUUCAGCUUACAACCACAAACAAAGCCUUCGAGCCUGUUUGUCAGAUUAUCUAUCGGCCCAUAGAUGCACAGCCCACAACCAGCAACAAUGCUGAGAUCCCAAUUAACCUUUCUCUAGGACCUGGCACAGGCUUAGGGUCAUUCCAGCCACCUGUCACUAUCGCCCCUACCCCUGCCCUAGGGUGUGUGGCUAAUGGUCUGAGCAGCGGGAUGCCGACAGUAGCAGGUGCAGUGGACCUUAGCACAGCCAAACCCUUCAACACUGUGGUUUCGGUCGACGCUUCCUCUGCGGAAGUGUUCACGGCUGUGAUCACAGAGGAGGAUGGGAAACCCGUGGACCUGACGGCUGGGAGAAGAGCUGUCUGCUGUGAUGUUGUCUACAAGCUGCCAUUUACAGGUAGCUGCACCACCCAGCAGCCCACUACUCCAUUGCCCGAAGACCGCUUCGGUUACCGAGACGACCACUACCAAUAUGACCGCUCACCGUACAACAUGAGGGGCUUCGGUGGCAUCAAACCCUCCAUGUCCGACACCAAUCUGGCUGAGGCCGGGCUUUUCCUCUAUAAGAGCAAGAACAGUUACAAUUUCCAUGGCACCACAGAGGGUGCAGUAGACCUGACAUCCUCCAAGACAUCUGAUGCAGGUGUAGCUUUGGACUUCUCCACCAAAGGCUCAGGGUUAUAUUCAGGAAUGAUAAUCCCCCCAUAUUCCCAAGCUAGAGUCAAAGGAGCUGUUGGGACACACUUUGGCACGAGCAGUGUCCUGAGAUCCUCCAAUGGGGUGGUGUACUCUUCAGUCUCAGUACCAAUACCAUCCACCUACGCCAUCACCACACAACCUGGGUCCAUAUUCAGUACCACUUACAACUCCCUAUCGGCGGGCAUGCACACCAGCGACACCAUGCCAUCCCUAUCCACUCUCCAGAACCAGCCCAUGACUCGGUCCCACAGCUUCAUCUCCACCACCUCUGCAGACAAUCAAGGGGAUGUCCCCCUCAACCUGGAGCUUGCUAAAGAUGGCAUAUCCACCUCCGUGGCCCUCAGCACCAAAACAGUCACCCUGGCCCUGGAAAGGCUGGACUCGUACACGGACGCGUCCCUGGAGGCUAUCGCCGCCUCGCUGGAGGCCCUGUCCUCGCCCUGUGUGCCAGGGGAGGGCCAGUACCAGAUGCAGCGUGAGAUUCUGGAGAUGGAGAAGUUCAAACAGCAGCGGUUGGCUGAAGAACUGGAGUGGGAGCGUCAGGAGAUCCAGCGCUUCCGUGAGCAGGAACAGAUGCUGGUGCAGAAGGAGCUGGAGGAGCUGCAGUCCAUGAAGCAGGCCAUCCUGUGCCAGCAGGAGGAUGAGCGCCAGGCCCACCUCAUGAUGCAAAAGGAAACCUAUGCCCAGCAGCAGCAGCAGCUAGAGCAGAUCCAGAGGCUCCAGGAGCAGCUCCGAGCACAGCUGGAGGAGCAGAAGUUCCGGAAGAUGUACCCGGGGGAGGUGUUGCUGGGGCAUGGCCAGCAGGAGGCAGUCGUCCUGGGGCCGGACGGCACCGAGCUGGCCCGGAAAAUCAUGGAUAGUGGGUGUCAGACGGACGACGAGGACAGUGUUGUCGAUAAAGCCUACACGGCAGGGAGGAAGAAGAGAAGCACGGCCAAGAAGAGCGUAGACAGCUGCGUGCAGACGGACGAUGAGGACCAGGAGGAGUGGGAGCCUGCUCGGGCCAGACGUAGCAGGCCCCGCACGUCAAGGGGGGACAGAGGCGGACAGACUUCUGAUAUAUCCAUUCAGGCUCACUCCGAGAUCUCCAUACAGACGGACUCUGCAGGGAAUGUAAGAAUGGACACCAGGAUGGAGCUCUCCGACUCGGAAAGUCCACAUUGGGAAGACAAGAGACGGCCCACGCCCUUGGAGAUAGAACAGUCUGGCCACCUCAGAGCUGACCCCUCCUCACUUCAGGCCCCGCCCAAAUCCCCCAAUGUUCUCUACUCCCCCAUAUCCCCCUGCAUAUCCCCAAGCAAAUCCCUUGAGUUUGUGUCCUAUGAGAAAUCACUGGGUGAUACAAGCCCACAGAGAAUAAGAGGGAGUACUGAUCCGACCAAAGUCUCUCCAACCGGCAGCCCCAAGGGACCUAAGGCCAUGCAGAGAUCCAUGUCCGACCCCAAGCCCAUGAGUCCAACUGGAGAGGAGAGGGCAUCAUCCAGUUUCCAGUAUGGCGACGGUUCCUCCGGCAAAAGCUCGUCGGGCAGCACCCCAACUGGCACCGGCAAGAAGGUGAAGAGGACCCUGCCCAACCCGCCCUUGGAGGAGGAGGCAACAGCCGCCGGCCAGACGGCCUACAGCACUGGCUCGGCCCGCCGUCGCAUGUGCCGCAACACCAACAUGGCGAGAGCCAAGAUCCUGCAGGAUAUCGACCGAGAGCUGGACAUGGUGGAGCGUGAGUCGUCCAAGCUCCGCCACAAGCAGGCGGAGCUAGAUGAAGAAGAGAAGGAGAUCGACGCCAAGCUACGCUACCUGGAGAUGGGCAUCAACCGCAGGAAAGACGCCCUCCUCAAGGAGAGGGAGAAGAGGGAGCGGGCCUACCUGCAGAGCGUGGCCGAGGAUCGUGACUACAUGUCAGACAGCGAGGUCAGCAACAUCCGAGAGACACGGAGCGGCCGUGGCAGUGGAGAAGAUGAUGAGAUGGGAAGUCACGGGCUGGAGCGCCCCAGGACGGCACCCCAGUCAGAGCUGGAUGAUUUUGUGCCACCACAGACCACACACGAGGCCCAGUACGGCACGUACUCCCAGUACCAGUACCCACUGAGCCAGACGCUGUACCAGCAGCAGUCACUCUACCAGUCUCCCCAGUCCUACCAGUCUCAGUCCAUCUAUUCCUCAGUCCCAUCCCUGUCUAGCUCCCAGCAGCAGAGCUACCACCAGAUGCUCCUUCUCCAGCAGAAGGCAGCCAGGCAGGCGGCCCUGAUCCAAGAGUUGGACGCGUCGUCAAAGUACGAAAUCAUCAGCCGACAGCCCGACCCCGUGUCCUCUGCCUACAUGGGAGGGGUCAGGUACGACAAGUACGGUAACCACUUGGACCUCCGGGCCCUGGAGGUGGGUGGCAGCAUGGCUGGCAGCCCCAUGUCCAACGUGUCGGCCGACUCCUUCUAUGGAGACGUGGAGCACCACCACCACACUCCACGAAGCUACGUCCUCCUAGAAGAUGCGGCAGAGCUGGCCAAGAGCUCCACGAGUCUGGCUUCAUCCAGCUACGCCCAGGCCGAGAAGGAGCUGGCUAAGGCAGAAAGGCUGUUGCGAAGAAGUGCAGCCGACUUGACCUCCACCGACUACCUGGGCUCCAGCUCCAGGCUCCACUCCGGGUAUGGAAAGACCCCAGACGAUGAGGACUCCAUGGACGACCCCUACGAGCUGAAGCUCCUCAAGCAGCAGCUGAAGCAGGAGUUCCGGAGGAGCACAGGGGGAACAGAGAGCCUGGACCCGCUGACGGGUCUCUCCCACAACUACUACGGCACCCCCAGCUCGGGUGUCUCCUCCUCCCAGAGUUACUCCCAAAGACACUACCCCAAGACGGAGAAAUUCAGCAUCAGCCGGCUGACUCUAGAGAAGCAGGCAGCCAAGCAGCUCCCGGCAUCCAUGCUGUACCAGAAACACAAAGCCCCGCUGACCGACCCCAAAGUCUCCAAGUACUCCUCCAUGCAAGACGGCAGGAGUCUGGAGACAGACUAUACCAGCUAUUUAGGGUCCAGUAACGUUAGCGCCUCUCCCAGAUCCAGCCGGCUCCUUCAGGACGAGAUCACCUUUGGACUACGCAAGAACAUUGCAGAGCAGCAGAAGUACCUGGGCUCCACGUUGGGUGCCAACCUGGCUGGCUCGCUCAACUUCGGCCAGAGCCUGGCCUUGGACUCGACUUCCUACCCCAGUGGCAGCCGGUCACGGCCCUCUUCUAGGCCCAACUCCGUCUAUGGCCUGGAUCUCUCACUCAAACGGGACCCAUCCAGUUCCUCUUUGAGGCUCAAGGGGGACGGCGAGGCGGCCUCAGACAGCUACCAGAUGCCAUCAGGGCGUGCCAAGCCCACCAGCCUGCCCAUCGUGCAGGGCGGCCGGGGGCGCAUCCCCAUCUUGGCGCAGAACUCUGAGGAGGAGAGCCCGUUGAGUCCUGUGGGCCAGCCUAUGGGCAUGGCGCGGGCGUCGGCGGGGCCCCUGCCGCCCAUCUCGGCCGACUCACGGGACCAGUUUGGUUCGUGCCUCUCCCUGCAGGACUCCCAGCAGCAGCAGCACCUGAGGGAAGAGCCAACGAGGGGUCGGGGCUACGUCUUGAUGGACGACCUCCAGGGCACCAUGUCGGACGGCGAAGCCCUAAGUGACUCCAUGCUGGCACUGAACAGAGAUGAUCACCGACAAUCACAUGAGAAUAUCCCAAACGCCUACCACCUACGGCGAGAGGAAACGGACUGGUUUGACAAACCCCGCGAGGGACGACCAGAGAACGGACAAGGGCCAGACAGGAGACAGGGGAAGGGUGUUUACUACCCCUUUCCUCACACCAGAGUCAAACUGCAGAGGGAUCCCAAGGACUGCAGCGUGUCAGGGAAUGGAUUGGGUAUCAGAGUGGUGGGAGGUAAAGAAGUUCCAGGGACCAACGGACACAUCGGAGCCUAUGUAGCUAAAGUCUUACCUGGAGGAGUUGCCCAACAGACUGGGAAGAUACUAGAGGGAAUGCAGGUGCUGGAGUGGAACGAGCUUCCUCUGACGGGGAAGACCUACGAGGAAGUGCAGGUGCUUGUGGUACAGCAGUGUGGCGAGGCAGAACUCUGCGUGAGACUAGAUCUGAACAUGCUGGCUGACUCAGAGGGCUCUCAGCACCUUGAUCUCCCAGACCAGAGCAAACCAGGUGACAGACCCCCCAGGUCUCCAGGGGUGGAUCCGAAACAACUGGCUGCAGAGCUACAGAAGGUGUCCCUGCAGCAGGCUCCUCUACCUACCACCGCUACGUCCUCCUCCUCCAUGGUGGGGGGAGAGAAAGGACCCCACUCUGCCAUCUCAGGCGCCGCCUCGGCCACGUCUAGCGCCAUCCAGAGUCCGGGACAGCCGGGGUCGCCCUCCGUCAGCAAGAAACGCCACAGCAGCAAGUCUGCGGAACCAGUGAAGACACAAUCCCACCCUGUUACUGGAGAGAUACAGCUUCAAAUCAACUAUGACAAGCAGCUGGGGAACCUGAUUGUUCACGUGCUCCAAGCCAGGAACCUGGCCCCCCGAGACAACAACGGCUACUCCGACCCCUUCGUCAAAGUCUACCUCCUCCCGGGGAGGGGUCAGGUCAUGGUUGUCCAGAAUGCCAGUGCUGAGAAUAAGAGGAGAUCAAAACAAGCUGGCCAGAGUCUGAACCCAGAGUGGAACCAAACUGUUAUCUAUAAGAACAUCCACCUGGAACAGCUGAGGAAGAAGCUGCUGGAGGUGAGCGUGUGGGACUACGACAAGUGCUCCUCCAACGACUUUCUGGGAGAGGUGUUGAUGGACCUGUCCAACACAGCUAACAUGGAUAACGUCCCACGCUGGCUCCCUCUGAAGGAACAGAGUGAGGGAGAGCACCACCGGCGCUCCCUUUCAGCACAGGGGCGCCAGCACUCCCCCAAGCCCCCAUCGCAGCACGCCUCCCCCAAAACCCCUGCCCACGGUAACCAGGACUCCCCCAAGCCCCCCUCGCAGCACGCCUCCCCCAAAACACCCGCCCACGGGAACCAGGACCCGCCCAAGUCGUCGGUCAUCAAGAGCCGGAGUCACGGGAUCUUCCCUGAUCCAGCCAAGGACACGCAGGUGCCCACUAUUGAGAAAUCUCACAGUAGCCCCGGCACAUCGAAGCCUUCCCCGUCCGAGGGCCACAGCCAACAUACGCCACGCGCAGCUCCACGUGCGGCGCCUCGCAAAAGUGCAAGGCAACACCAGCAGGAUGGCGCCGGCGGUGUCGCUGUAGCAACGGGUGAAGCUCCGGCUCCGCAGCAACAGCACCGCCUCCAACCAAUCUCCUACCCCCCAGCCCAAAGAGGCCGCCUCUCCCUGAGGCACCACAGACACACCAUAGUGGGCGUGCUCACCAUUCAGAAAGCCCAAUCCGAUUCGCUCCCCACCCCGCCGGGCCCGGCAGCAUCGGCCACUGGGAGCCAAGCAGACGGCAGACACCUGACCUUCAGGAAAGCCAUGUCUGAAGAGAGGCCACAGAGAGAAGGAGCACGGCCCAGCAGGUCCGGUGAUGCCCCGGUAACAGCCGCCUCAUUGGACAGCGGUCUGAGUGGCAGUGCUCACAGCCUAUUGGAGGAUGAGGGUGGGACUAAUGCCGUGGACAGUGCCAUCUUCCAGGUCCCUCGGUUUGGGAAGAUUCCAAAUGGCACUGACGUGAUGAUGUCACCAAUGGGCCAUAUGGACUCUGAGGGUAAGACCCAGGUAAUGGGAGAGAUCAAGAUAGCUCUGAGGAAGGAGCUGAAGACAGAGGGAGACCAGCUGGUGUUGGAGAUUCUCCAGUGCAGAAACAUCACCUACAAGUUCAAGUCUCCAGACCACCUGCCAGACCUCUAUGUGAAGCUGUAUGUGGUGAACAUUGCAACCCAGAAGAGGAUCAUCAAGAAGAAGACCCGGGUAUGUCGUCACGACCGUGAGCCCUCCUUCAACGAGACCUUCAGAUUCUGCAUGAACCCCACCGGCCACUCUCUGCAGCUCUUCCUGGUGUCCAAUGGGGGGAAGUUCAUUAAGAAGACCCUGAUCGGAGAGGCCUACAUCUGGCUGGAUAAGGUGGACGUGCGGAAGCGAGUGGUCAGCUGGCACAAACUGCUGGCUAGCUCUGCUCAGAUCCACUCCUAAAGAACCUACUGUUAACCUUGUAUAUUCUAUAGGCUCUUAACUCGCAGAGAGAAAGACGAGGAUGGCUAGGGCGCUCGAGUUUACUGUCUCCAUCACUGGACAUACUCACAGGUCCACCAUUGGGGUCGGGCGAGGACCGUUAGGGUGCAGGAGUUAGACAUCUCUUACGUAUCCUGUGGAUCUUGAGUUUUGGUGUCAAGGGUCAGGGGUCAGCGUUUGAAUUGCUUGAGCUGUGACUGGGGAUUGGCUAGUGGGGAGGAAGUAGGUAUGUGUUUACAGGAAAUUAACUUGUGUUUACAGGAAGUAGUGUAGCCAGGGCAGGGAGGAGGACAUUGAGGCAACAAAGCAAGAACAGAAUCAACCAGGUAUUACACACACUCACACACACAGUCAAAAACACAUUCAAACACACCACAAAGAAAGAUGAUCGUAAGAGACUGACACAUAAAUAUAGGGGAUGGACAUGUUUAGAUUCUCUCAUUGCUUUAUUUGACUGGAGAUGUUUUUAUUUAUGAAUGAAAUUAUAACUACCUGUGGAUUCCCCUCAUGGCUUUGUAUAUUGUUAGAAGAAUUUCAUUAAUUUAUGAAGCAUUUUGGGAAUUAAAUGUUGAAGAUUUAUUA